UGAUUUUAGUAUCUUUGAGCCAGAAGUCAAACACAAUUCAACACAGAGGGGAUUGUUUAUUUCCAAGGAAUUAAAACAUUUCCUGCAGGAAUCAUUUUCUAAUGUUGCUACAGGUAAAAUGUUAAAUUUACAAAAUAGGAACCAGAAACAUAAAAGUUUACAUUUUAUUUGAGUACUCAAACUGGGUGUUGCUGCAUGUUCAUGUGUGUGUGGUGUUGAUAACUCUCCCUGUGCUGGUUGGAUGUUCAGUCUGCCCAUGUGAUGCUUCCUCGGCGUCCCUGCUGCUAAAAAGGCUCACUAUGCAGACUUUAUUGACUGCCUGGCUGUUAGAAUCAUGUGUUGAUGGGGAAGUUAGCAGCUGACUUUGGACUAGAACUGUGUGUUCUGCACACCAACCCAAAAUGACUAAGAAGGUGCGACCGGCACUUUACGGCAGCAGGUAGAGCAGCAGACAGCAGAGAACCGUGGUGUUCACCGGAGGACCUUUUGGCUCCAGACUCCGAGGAUUCGGGAAAAAUUCUCCGAACUUCGAGUCCACCGACGGUGUUCCGCUCGGUUUCGUUGAUGAGCCCGUGUCCACCGCGUGGAUCUCCGCUCUAACGCAGUGGGAUGGCCACAGUGCCGCCCGGGCCUAGUGAAGCUUUGCCUGCGUCCCCGGCUGACAGUCAUCCCUUCUCCGGGGACGGAAGCGCGCAGCCGGCGGUGGAAGACGGACAGCCGCCCUGCCUCGCGAAUGACUGCGUGUCUGCCGGCACGAGGGACGAGUCUCACCCGGCGAGCGACGCUAAACGGUCAGUAAAGAGGAAGCAGAAAGGGAUGCUAACUCAGACUAGCCCGGCGGUGCUGCACCUCAAGCCUCAGAGCGGAGAGCAGCAGCUGAACGGCGUGGUCAGCCCCUCCGAGGAGCCCGACGUCCGGCCCGAGAGCCUGAGGUCGCCCGCUGACAGCGACGGUGGAGCGGCGGCGGAGGAGCGCGAAGGCCCCGUGUCCGAGAACGGCGCUCACUUGAACGGCAUGCCGGACUUCUCGAGGUCCGAGGCACACAAGCAGCCCUCCAGACCGCCAGGCCACGACUCCCCGGACGCUGCCGGGCCCGGCGGAGAGGAGAGCCCCUCGGAUCCGCCCGCCGCAGAGCUAGCCCGGCUUGACCUGAGCGGCUCUCCCGGGCCGGACAGCCACGGCAUCCGCUACGUGCGCUACGAGUCGGAGCUGCAGAUGCCGUGGAUCAUGAGACUGAUCACCAAGGACUUGUCCGAGCCUUACUCCAUUUACACCUACAGGUACUUCAUCCACAACUGGCCGCAGCUCUGCUUUCUGGCCAUGGUGGAGCAGGAGUGUGUGGGAGCCAUCGUCUGUAAACUGGACAUGCAUAAGAAGAUGUUUCGCCGCGGUUACAUCGCCAUGCUGGCUGUGGACUCCAAGCACAGAAGGAAAAGCAUCGGUACUAAUCUGGUGAAAAAGGCCAUAUAUGCCAUGGUGGAGGGAGACUGUGACGAGGUUGUCCUGGAGACGGAGAUCACCAACAAGUCAGCGCUGAAGCUCUACGAGAACUUGGGUUUUGUCAGAGACAAGCGGCUCUUCAGAUACUAUUUGAAUGGAGUGGACGCGCUGCGGCUCAAACUUUGGCUUCGCUAGAGGACCCAGAGAGGGUGGUGUGGGGUGGUUGGGGUUGGCAGCACGUGCCUCAGGUCUGCCCAGGACUCCUGUAUUCACACACACAUGCACUCACACACACACACAGACAAAGCCCCCUUUUCCUCGACCUCCUAACAGCUGCUGCUUGAGCAGAAAUGGACCGGAGACCUUCACCCGGGAGGAGGCGGGGCCUAACCCACCCCGCAGGAAACACUCGUGACGGCCGAGGUGCGGCUGCAAACCGGGAAGACACCCCUCCCCCUUUGUGGAGUUUAUUUUUGUGUUUCUGUUUUUUUAACAGCAGUUCGUUGGGGGGGGGGGGUAUCGCUUGAACCGCCUGGUGUUUUGUUGUUUCUGCCUGGAUGCGGACUCCGCCCCCCUGCGUGGUGUCAUUACCCUUCCUGUCCAGCGGGGGCAGAGUGUAAACACGUGGGACGCAUGAGAAUCAGAACAACGCCCUUUUGUUAGCGCCUCAAACUUCCACCCCAGCUCUUCAUCAACCACUGUUUUUCCUGUUUCUCCACAUCCAAUGUCCUCAAAUGCACUGACAGCAACAAAAAAAAAAACCCAGAAAGAGAAGCAAUCCUUACUAAAUAAAGAGGGUCCCUUUUCCAGUGAUGACAGUCAAAAAUGUCAACACGAUCAGUUUGGUUCUGGUUACCGUCAGUGUUGGGUUUUUUUCUUUUCGUUGGAGUGUCUUUGGUUCAGUCAGAGUUGUUAGACACACAUAGUUUUAGCAUUUUUUUUUUCUUUGCUUUUCGUUUAGAUUCAUAAAUCCCAAACGUCAGGCCUCUCCGAGCUUCUUGCUUUCCUUUUUCUCGACAGCGAAAACGAACAAAGAGCAGCUCCAGGUCUGCUCUGGAAAGCGGUGGAACAGAAACUCGAAGGAUUGUUUCUGAUGCUCCGACUUUUGUUGAUUUGUUUUUGUUUGUUUGUGUGCUACCUAAAAUGGAGACAAUUUUUGAGGACUAACACCUUCAAAUGUCCUCUAAUAGCCACCGUAGAUCAGCUUUGCUGGUCCAACCAGAGGAAGAACGAGGAUCCAACAUCUUCGUAGACCCAAAACCAAUUUGUUCGGCAUGGGGUUGCGUCAAACGCCGUUCCUGCUGGAUUAUUUUAGACAAAACUGGCUCAAAACUCCUGUUUUUUUUUUCAUGUCCUGGCAGUUACUUUGUGCCAUAGAUCUGCAUUACCAGCUGUGAGUGCUUUCUUGCUGUUUUUUUUUCCUCCCCCAUCUCCAUCCAUGAUGCAGGAAAAGUGGAAAUCAGUUUUGCAUGUCUGUUUCACCCCAUUUUAUUAUUUUUUUAUUUUUUUGAUUUAGUCAUCUCCAAUAGGUCUUAUUUAAUGUGGAAAGAAAAAUGCAGAAAUAAAUUAUUUGAAUUUUUUAACGUUGUAAGACUCGGAGGUUUUCUUACCUGCCCACUCGUGCUGUUGGUUCCAAGCCCCGCCCCCUUUUCCAGCCGCCAGUAUUGAUAGGAAUCCUAAAGGUGCCUGGUCACAAAUGAACCACCCCCCCACACACAUACACCUUUAUCGCCAAAAGAAAGGCAUCGUUUCCUUGGAGGAAGCUGACAAAUGUCAUGCACUUAGAGGCGCUUUGAUACCAGAACUGUGUUGUACGUCCGUAUGAUGCUUGAUACUUUUAUAGGAUGGUGGUAUUUUCUCUUGUGUGGAAAAACAAACAAAAAUGGACUAAAUAAAAUAUUUCCUUUCCAAAAUGAA